AUGGGCUACGACGCGCCCCCGACUCCAGUCGCGUACCGCACCAGCUACCCACCACCCCAGCAACCCAUCCCGCAGCAGUCACCGUACGAGCAGACUGCCUAUCACGCCCCGCCCCCAGAAAACGUAUAUGCCAACCAUGCCUCGUACGCGGCGACCCAGAAACGAAAGGCCACUCGGGCAUCACAGGCCUGCGACAACUGCCGUCAGCUCAAGGCCAAGUGCGACGAGACACGCCCGUGCAAGACAUGCCGAGAGAAGAAUGUCGAAUGCAAAUAUCGUGACCCCAUCCCCAAGCCCACCGACAAGACCCAGACGGACAUUCUCGAGGGCAUUGCCGACCUGAAGAGCAUGUUGUCCGCACGCUUCGACAGCGUUGAGAAGAGGAUAGGCAGGCUCGAGAGAGGGGCCGGUCCGGCCCGGAGCCGGAUCAAGUUGGAGCACGAUAUGGAAGGUAUCGAACAGGGAGUCUCGCCCCAUCCUGUCGCCGACGGAAUCUAUGAUACAGCGGAGAUGCAAAAUAACUCGCACGGUCCGCCGACUGUGUACGGCACGCCUCAGGGUGUCUAUACCCCCGUCGAAGCGAGCGACGACCUACCGCAUACGCGCGAUGUGGAUUCCGCUGAUGAAGCCCAUCUGCCGGACACAAUCAUCGAAGAUGAAAGGGACGAUGACCUAACUGAAGAGCCGCCCGGUCGCGCCCGGCCUCCGGGGCAACCGUCGAUUCCAGUCAACCACACAGUGUCGGCAGGACAACUUCUCAAGUGGCCCGCCAUCAAGGCCCUGACGCACGAUCUCCUCCACAAAGGUGGCGUCAAGUUCGCAGAGGACUUCCCCCUCACGACCGAGGAGAACAGGGGCCCUCUCCGACUGUACGGCCGGGGCGAGGGCUACGGCCGAAGGCAGGGACAGCAUUCCGAGUAUGGCGUCCUCGACGUGGACAUGGAGAGCGUCUCAGAGCCAGGUUCGUCUCCUGCCGGGCAAGCCGAUUGGGGUCAACUUGGUAGCCUCAGUCCCGGCGUCGACUAUACAAGCUCGAACCUGACGCCGCAUGGCAUGCCCGACUUUAGCGAAGCCAAGGUGAAUCAAUACAUUCAGAGCUUCCAGGACAAUAUUCUCAGCCUUCAUCCCAUUUUCCCGCCACGGCACCUCAACGUAUGGGUGAAGAACCUACUGGAUCAGACGGCCGUGAAGAAGAGCCGCGGCCAGAAGCUGUCUGGUGUGGCCAAGUUCGCCGAGGAGCAGGCCUCGCAACUCGCGCCCAAUGAGGCAGUCGGAAUCAAGCGCAAGCGGUCGCCGACUGGCGGCAGCGACUCGUACGACAAGGCCACAUCGCCGGGGGCGAAGCCAGGGAAACCCUACCGAACUGUAGACAAUGCCUUGGUUUUCGCCGCGCUCGCCCUAGGGAAACUGUCGCUGCACAAAGGCAAGAUCCCAGAGGUCGCGCCGUCGUACGACCGGUCACACAACUCGCCCAAUGUCAAGAACGGUCACCCGGCUUCGCCAGCGAACGCAUCCCCGCCAUCCUACCCCCAGUCACAGGCCUCCAGUCUGCAUUCACCGAGGGAGCACAGCAACAGCUCGACAAGUCGGCGGACUUCAAUGCAGGGCACGUCUGCGGCGGGACAACAGAAACACGCAAUGUCGAUGAAGCGGAACUACGACGCGAUCCCUGGGUUAGAGUACCUGGGUCUGGCAACCGACAUUCUCGGCAACCAGAACGGCUCAUCGCUCUUGCGACAGGUCCAGGCCAACAUCUUUGUGGGCUUGUAUUACGGGCAGCUAGGGUAUGUCGUGCCGAGCCUUAAGUACAUUGUGGAUGCCGCCUGGACGGUGCAGAUCUUGAUGCGCAAGCAUCUGGCACGACUCCAAGACAUGACGUCGCCCCCGACCAAGAUACUCGACCACCUUCUUCUCACGGCCUUCUGGACGUGCCUACAGCUAGAGAGCGACAUUGUUGUAGAACUGGCCCUGCCUCGGUCUGGCAUCUUGUCCUACGAAGAUGGCCUUCCUUACCCGAACCUCGCCCUCUUCGAAAGUGGCCCGAGGGUCUCUGCUAGCUAUGGCGCCCAAGUCUAUCUGAGAAAACAGCUCAACCUGGUGAGCGCCAACUUUUACGACGAAACCCCCAGUUCGGGGCCCGACGAUCAAGAGGGGGUGCAGACGGUGUCUGAGGUGCGCGAGACGAUCCGAAUGGACCCGACGGCACAGCUCUCAUGGAUCCCCUCCAUGUUCAGGUUCUCGCCGGACGACCCGCCUGCCACCGACAUGCUGGCGGCACGCCUGCGCGCCAAGUACUGGGGUUUCCAGGUCAUCACCCUACGACCCUUCGUCAAGAUGAUGCUCGAUUACACCUUUCGACUGAAGGAAAACGACGUGUCUGCUACUGCCAUGUUUGCCGAGACGAAGUUCAACAAGAAUGUCCAGACACCGCACAUUGCCGCCGGCACAACCUCCCACGCAGAUAUCAACCCCGAGGUCAUCAAGUACGCCCGCGAGGGUAUCCGCGCGCUCGUCCAGAGCACCAUGGCAUUCCACGGCCUCGGCGAGGGCCGACUGAUCCUGACCAACUUUUUUGGAACCGCCAUGGCCCAAUGGGGCAACCUGCACGUCCUUGCGGCCUGUCACGAAGAUCCAUAUCUUCAUCAGUUUGUUGACAGCCAGGAACUGCGAAUGCUCUUUGACAAAACAAUCGCCUGGAUCAGCCUUGGUGUGCAGCCGUCCAGCUCGCUGUCCAUUGCCAUCGGCCUGCUCGAGGGUGUUCGCGACCGCAUUUUCCACGGCGACGUGUCUCGCAGCUUUUCCAGCGCGGCUAGUGGGCACCCACGCUCGGUGCAUCACUCACCCGUCCAACCGAUGCACCAGCGCCUCUCACCUCAAGGCAUGAACGAGCAGCUGUCGGUCCAGCCUCAGCAGAUGCCCUUCCAGCAUCCGCCCCAGCACCCGAUGCGGAUAUUUGCAUUUCCCGUAUCGAACGAACGACCCAGCUCGUUGGAACGGGGACAUUGUCACAGUCAUCAGCGACAUGGGCCGCGACGGUCCGUCUCGGCAUCAAGACUGGGGAGUAGUCGGCGUUAUUAG